AUGAUAAAGAAGGAUUGGGUGGAGUUACCUCCACACAGUCAAAGUUAUAAGGACGGUGUAAAUUACUUUUUGAAUAUUGCAUUCACCAAAGGAAUGGUUGAAGAAGAAGAGAUUUUGUGUCCUUGUUCUGUAUGUUGCAAUGAUAGUUGGGAAGUAAGAGAUGUAGUGUAUGACCAUUUAUGUAGUAAAGGAUUUGUAAAGGGAUACACUGAAUGGAUUUAUCAUGGUGAAGAUGAGAGUCUUAUAGAUCUUGAUGGUGAUAGUGAUGAUGAAACAUCAUCUCAUGAUGAUAUCGAUGGCUUACUAUUUGAGACAUUUAAAGAUGUGGCUGAAGGAGGUGGAGUACAUGAAGGGAUAAAUGAAGAUGCAAAGAAAUUUUAUAAACUAGUUGAUGAUGCAAAUCAAGAGUUUGAAAAAGUAGUAUCUGACUUGAGCCUCUUCUUGGGAACAUUGGCUAGGAACUCAACAUUUUGUCCUCUACGUUACACCAAUUGGUCAGGAAUGCCAGAUGAUAACAAAAACCGUUUCUGGAGAUAUACUAAUCGGAAGUUUAUCUUGCCGGUUGAAGCACGAGAUUGGAUUGAGACCACUGUUAGAGAGGCAUGGAGAAGAUAUAAGCACAAAAUUAAUAAGAAUCAUUUUUUGAAGUAUUCCAACAUGACCGAGAGACUCAAAAAUCGUCCGCCAAACGUGCCAAUAGCCCAGUUUAAGAGUCUUUGUGCUUAUUGGAGUAAGGAAACUAUACAAGCAAUCAGUGAAAAUAACACUAGAAAUAGAGCUCAACUAAAGUGGAUGCAUCGAAUGGGUCCCAAAAAAUUUGCUUUGACUCGUGAAAAAGUGCGUGAAAAGGAAAAAAGAGAGCCCACUCAAUCAGAAAUGUUUGUUGAAACUCGAAAAGGAAAUAAAGGAAAGGAACUGGAUGUAGAAACUGGAAAAGUAAUUUCCCAACUUCAAGAAAUGGUUGAAAAGGAGGAAAGUGAUACAGAAGCUUUUAAAGUUUUUUUUGGAAAGGAGUGUCCAGGCAGGGUACGCUGUUAUGGGAGAAACAUAACUAAAACUUCCUUAAAGAGAAAGGCAGAGAUUAAUGCUUUGAAACAAGCCCACAGUGAAGAGGUCUCUACAUUAAGGGACGAGUUUCAAGAUAAGAUUGAUAGAUUGCAAAAUGCUUUUAAGACCGUAAUACAACAAUGCAAUCCUCAAAUUAAUAUAGAGUCAAUUGAAGAUUUGUUAGGAUUAUCUCAUGGAGAUGCUAAUAGUUCCCCAAAGGAUAUAAGACCGCAAAUGCAUUCAUCUACAUCAACUCAUGCUCCAUGUCAUGGAAAGGACAAUAUAAAUGAUGAAAUUCAAGAGGACGACAUAAAUGAUAAAAUUCAAGAGGACGACCUAAAUGAUAAAAUUCAAGAGGACGACGUAGAUGACGAAUUUCAAGAGGAUGACAUAGAUCUAGAUGAUGAAUUUCAAGAGGAGGAUAUAGAUGGUGAAUUUCAAGAGGACGACGUAGAUGAAGAAUUUAUGGAGGAUGACAUAUCUAACGAAUUUCAAGAGGACGAUCUGGAUGCUUUACUCCUAGAAGACAAACUUGAAUGA